AUGGCAGAUGCCUUCAAUCACUCUGUAGCAGCAGCACGUAGCCGAGUCGUGGGGAGACGUCUGGAGGACUUACGCCAAUCAGAUGGACGGUUUUUGUACGAGAAUUGCUAUUUUCUGGAGAUGGUUGGCGGUAACAGCAGCAGCGCAUGCUCGUAUGAAGAAGGGGGGAGUUCUGAUGAUGAGCUGUCUCGAUGCAGCAGCAGCAGCAGCAGCAGCAGCAGCAGCAGGAAGCGGCGUGCAGCGACAGAAGAGACGCUGAUGCGACUGCAGCAAACUGCUGCGGAGCGAUCGCGUCUUACGGAGGCUUUAGGCGGCCCUCUAGCUGCACUGAAGCUUCGCUGUAGACUUUCGUGUCUCACACAAGAGCAACAAUUGGAGCUCCUCCUCGAGAUCGCUGCCAGAGACGCUUCCCUCAACUCUUUAUACCCUCGCAACUCUGUAUACACCUGCGACUCUUUAUGCACCUGCAACUAUACACUUGCAGCUCUUUAUGCCCUCGCAACUCUUUAUAUUCUCGCAACUCUUCAUACUCCUGCGACACUGUAUACCCUCACAACUCUUUAUACACUUGCAACUCUUUAUACCCUCGCAACGCCGUAUGCCCUCCCAGCUUUCUAUACACCUGCAACUCUUUAUGCACUUGCAACUCUUUAUGCACUUGCAACUCUUUUUACACCUGCGACUCUCUGUACAUAUUGUGCGCUUCUGAACAGGUCGAGAAGAGAGGCGCUGCCUUAG